ACGCGUUUGGAAGUCAAUGUGAGUCGCUGCCGCUCUGUUAAGAGUCUACACUGCAAAAACAACUGUGAACGUGAACGGUAACGAUUUCGAACUAUUACUACUUAUUUUUUCAUUUUUUGUCGAGUGUGUGAAUAAAAAAAACCAACUGUGAAUUAUGCAUAUAAAUAUAAAAUUUAAAUUACUAAAUAAAAUUACAAAAUAAAACAACUUGGUGUCAUAAUAAAAAAAAUGAAAGGCAAUCAGCGAAAGGAAAACUUUAAGCAAUUAAAUAAAAUUUAGACAUAAAAGAACAAGUGUUUCCAAAUCGAACCAAAUAUUUAUUUAUAUGCUAAUUUUUACAAUAACUUCGAAUUAACCCAAAAAAAUACAAAAUACAAAUAAAAACAACAAAAAACCAGUGAAAGAUUAAAAAAACGCGAAACUCUUCUUUUUUUUUCGUUGGUGAAUCUUGAAGAUCUUCUUUCGUUUUUUUUUGUUGGCUUUUGGAUAUAAAACAGCAAAAAUUUAUCCAAGCGCUCCAAAAACCAUCCGGUGGGUAGCAAGAGCCACUGAAACAUCCUGUUUGGACUAAAAAAAAUAUCGAGAAACAGGAGCACAUAUUUUUUUGGCGGCUGAUACCCUGGCAACCCUUUUUCAUAUAUAUCAUUUGCCCUUUAUAUGGCCUGAUUUGGGUCACCAGGAGUAGCCCAAAAAUCAGAGCAACGAUUAGAGCCAACUCUGGAAUAAUGGCAUCGCCGAGCUGCCUUUUAACGGUUCUGGGGCUAACGGUGUUGGCGGCUUUGAGGGCCGACAGCCUGCCCAUCACAUCCCGGCCCAUCGAGGGCCCCAUACAGCGCAUGGUGUGGGAGGAUUGGGUGAAUCUGGGACCCGAGGAGCAGGCACUUGUGGCCCAUAAGAAGGUCACCGCCAAGUCGAUAUUCACGCUCCCCUUCCGCCACUGUCCGCCCCACCAUACGCUCUACAACGAGCUCUGUAUUCCCCAGAGCAACAUCAAUCCCAACCAGCUGAUUGUCCAGGAGCUGAUCCUGGCCGAGACCGGCAACGGAAAGCCACCGCCGGCCCCCAUCGCCGACUACGAUUACGGGGAUGAGCCGGAGGAGAGCGAUGAGGUGGCGUUCGAUAUUGGUGGCAUACCGCCGUCAGCCAUGGGCCCGUCAUCCGGCCAGGAUCAGGCCCUGCCCAGCGAGGAUGCACCGCUGAAGUUUAACAUUUUCGAGAAGAAAUUCCCCACGGGAACGGGUGAACCCGACACGGACCUGCUGGGUGCCAUUCCCCCGCCAGCUGUGCCUCCAGCUCCAAAAGCGAGCAAUGCAACGACAACAACCACUCCUCCGCCUCCGGGCGAUGGUCCAAUGGAUGGCAAUCGCAUAGCCAACGGCGACCUACAAGCCUCCUCCAGCAAUGCCCUGGCCACAACGGCAACACUCACACUGCCCAGCAGCACCACUACUAGCACCACCACCAGCACUACUACCAGUCGCAUUGACAUUGGCAAUGUGGAGGCCAUUGUUUUGCCGGCGGAUGGAUCGUCGGUGCAGAUGGUGACAGGUUCUUUGACCGACGACGACGACGACGAUAGUGGCGACGAGGCGGAUGCGAAAGCGAGUGCGACGCACAAUCCGAAUGCGGAGGCGGAUCUGGCCCAGCUGCUCAAGGACGACGCCUUUGUCCCAGCCUACGAGGGCAGCAUCGAGGUGCUCCAGCCUCCGUUCAGCCAUCGCCGAGUGUCGCCCCCGCUGAGCGCCGUUCUGGAUGUAAAGACGACCACCACCCAGCUGGAGGAUGAUAUGGAGAUAGAGGGCUCCUCGGAGGAAAGCGACGAAACAACCACCACCACCGACAUAGUUCCAGUUUCGGGCGAGGAGGAAGUGGAUGAAGGUUCGACAACAAUUGCCACAGACGAUGGAGACAACGACGACGAUGAGACAACAGAUAUCGUGGAAAGCUCCUUAACGCCCACAACAAUGGAUCCUGAAACAACAUCGUCGUCGUCGUUGUCGUCUUCUACUUUGCUUGUUCCAGACUUAGAUGAAGGUAAAAAUGGUCUUGUCUUGAUAAAAUCGAAAGUGCAACCGGUUCAGGUGACAACAACAACAACAACGACUGCUAGUACGAGUGCUAGUGUAACUGAUGCCUAUACCAGCUCGACUAGUGACCGGUUUCAUUAUCAGCAUUUCGAAGAUGUUGCUGCUACUAGCAGUACAACAUCAGCAACACCAGCAACAUCAACACCAGCAGAGUCAACUAGCAGCAGUAAUAGCAUCAGAAAUGCAAGCCAACUGCUGGAGGAGAGUGACAAUUUAAUGACAAACACAAUUGGUGAGGAGGAUGGCCAUAAAACGACAAGUGAAAUUAAUGUCCAACAAGAACUGAAGCUCAUCAAUGAGCUGGUGAAGAACAAGCGAUUGUCGCAGAUGCGCAAGCAACAAGACCAAGUAGCAACAUCAACAGAAGCAACAUCUAGCUCUCAGGCCUGGUCAAAGAUAAUGCCAGAACUAGCAACAUCAUCCACUACAGAGACAGCAUUACCCGAAACUACAACAACAACAUCACAAACAGCCACAACAACUUUAAGUAUUAAUAAUCGUAGCAAUAGAAAUAGUAAAAUAAUUAGAGUAGAAACAUCACCAACAGCAACAACAGCAACAGCAACAUCAACUAAAGCAACACUAACCAGCAACAGCAACACCAGCGAUGGCUAUACACCCUUCUGGUGGCUACCGAAUAUCGGAUGGCGUUUGGAUCGCCAAGUCGAUGGAAAUGGUGAAGAUCGCUCCUUGCUGCUGAGAUUCUUUAGUACAUUUCGUGGCAGCGAUAGAACGCCAAUGCGCUAAAAUGUUGCAGCAGCAACAACCCAGCAGCAACACCAUAUAAUCCUGCAAUCCUGCUCCUUGCUCUUUCCCAAGAAAAGUAACCA